CAGUGGGAGGACUAGACACAAACACAACUUUGAACCUUUGGUCAAAUACCAGAAGAAGACUGGACAGACUGAUAGAUCAGCUGAGAGCUGUUCACAUUUCCAUGAACAUAACGGGAGUGAGAGAAAUGGAUUCCAUUCAGUAUGAUGAAUUUGGUACGUCUGACAUUGAAAGUAACCACAGUCGGAGGAAAAUCAUCCCACAAAGAGGUAUGCAGAGCAGGGUGGUUCAUCUCCUGUAUGGUGUCUUGGUGCUUCUCCUGUUGAUAAUACUGCUGAUAACUGGACUUAAAUACCCAGCUACUAUCAACCAACACUAUUAUGAUGAAUUUCAGCUUCCAGUGAGAGGAACUUGUAGUGAAGAAUGGUGGUCCUUCCAGGAUAGCUGCUACCUGGCAUCAAAAAGGAAGCUCAACUGGAACAGUGCAGAGGAAAAAUGUAUUGAGCUGGGAGCACAGCUGCUUGUUCUUAACAGUGAGGAUGAGCUGGACUACAUCUCCCAAGUGAUUGAUGCAGGAGAGAGAUACUGGGUUGGGCUUGUGGAGAGAACACAAGAGGGCCACUGGACCUGGGUGGAUGGAACUGACUACAAAUCAACUCCACACUUCUGGGAUAAAGGGCAACCAGACAACUGGCAGGUUGGUGUGAGUGGAGAGGACUGUGGACAGCUUCAUGACGGUCCACACAGACGACGCAAGCUUUGGAAUGAUGCAGACUGCAACCUAACGUACAACUACAUCUGUGAGGCAAAGGGGAAAUGAGAAACAGAAACACAUGCUUGCCAUUGACACAUGAGCUGUAAGCUAUGCCAGUGCUGCCUGACUGAUAUAACAUGACAGUCUCAGGAUACAGGAGAAAGGAUGGAUUUCUUUCAGUGACUGUACAACAAUCACAAAUUAUGGUAUUGAGGAUAAGAAGCACACAGUGUACAACGUGAGCUUAUUCACAGAAUAAUGUUUAAUUAAACCUUGGUAUGUCAGAAUUUAAUAGCUUUCUUGGAGGUCUUUUCAUCAGAUAUUUUUCCAGUUCAGCAUCUACUCUAUCUGUGGGUGUAUAUGAAAAGCAAUAACCAAUACAGAGGCACAUAUUGGAUCAUAACAGCUGUUAUUGAUUUCAAGAGAAGGUGGGCCACUGCAGGUUAUGUCCUGGUUUCCCGUGCAUUUCCAUACUAGCAGUUCUCACCGGGAAGGUGCGCAUGCUCUGGGUUGUACCCCGCCUUGUCAAAGCACAUGGCUGCUUUUAUGUCACACUCACAGAUAAACAUCUCACAUGGA